UUGACACUUGACACAAUGUUUGGCUUUUACGAUUCUGAAACAUGAUUGUGAAGGUCAAAUUCAUUUUGUUAUAUACUUAUCACUUCCAAAUCAAUAAGAGAAAGUUAUAAUAGAAUGACGAGAAAUAUUUUGCAUAGUUUAAGGAAAUUAAUAUAGUAUGUUAAGCCUUAAUCUUAGUGAUAUUUAGAUGGAAACUUUAUAUAAAAAGACAGAGCAUUUAAAGGGGAAAACUUAGAAUUUAUUUCUAACCAUAUCAUGAAUAAAUAAAUAACAGCUCUAAGUAAUAUCACUAGAUUAUAGCAUAUCAUCUAUCAUUAUCGCAUAGGCCAUUCUUUUCUUCUUACCAAUAAUUAAUUAAAAAAAAAAUUCUCGAGUGAAAUGGGAGCUGCGACGUCGACGAUGGCUGCGAGGUUUGCUUUCUUCCCACCAACUCCGCCGUCGUACACGGUGGUGACAGAGGAGUAUACGGGGAAGAUGAGGAUAUCGACGAACAUGCAGCAUCAUCACCUGAGAGACGAGGACAUCGAUGUUACGAAGAUACGGACAAGAAGAGGGAAUGAGAUCGUGGCGAUGUAUGUGAAGAAUCCAACCGCUAAACUCACCGUUUUGUUUUCUCACGGCAACGCCGCCGAUCUUGCUCACGUUUUCUACAUCUUCGCCGAGCUAAUUCAACUCAAUGUCAAUAUCAUGGGAUACGAUUACUCAGGAUAUGGGCAAUCUUCUGGUAAGCCAAGCGAGCAAGAGACGUACGCAGACAUAGAAGCAGCUUAUAAUUGGCUAAGAAAGACUUAUGGUACAAAAGAUGAAUGUAUCAUUUUGUACGGACAAUCCGUUGGAAGUGGACCGUCCCUUGAGCUUGCUUCUCGUCUUCCAUGUCUCCGAGCACUUGUUCUUCAUAGUUCUUUUUUGUCCGGUCUACGCGUCAUGUACCCUUUCAAGCAUUCCUUCUCGUUCGACAUUUACAAGAAUAUUGACAAAAUUCAUCUCGUAAAUUGUCCUGUGCUUGUGAUUCAUGGAACAGAUGACGAUGUGGUGAAUAUUUCACAUGGAAAACAGUUAUGGGAACUAUGCAAAGAAAAAUACGAACCCUUAUGGCUUAAAGGAGGAGGCCACUGUGAUCUUGAGAUGUCCCCUCAGUACUUACCUCACUUGAGAAAGUUCAUUUCAGCCAUUGAGAAGCUUCCAAUUCAAAACUUGCGGCGCCAAUCACUGGCUGAUGACCACAAGAAAGAGAAAUCAACAAAGAGUAGUAUUUGGAUUGGAUCUAGGCAUAGCACAGAAUGUGUUACUGCUAGAGACAGAUCAAGAAAGUACAUUAGUACCAAUAAUCGGUAUGGGAAGGCGAGAAACAGUGUGGAUAGCUCCGAUCGGGCUAGGAAUAGCUUCGACAGGUUGGGUGAAAUAGUGAGGUCAGUUCGGUUGUGUAAUGUUGAUUGUGUGAAGAAUGCAGUUGAAGAGGUUUAAUGAUUGUUGUCAGUUGUCACAAUAUUGUUUUUUUUUUUUUUUUCUCCUGAUUCGUUGUUUAGACUCUUUGGAAAAGAGAAACACAUCUUUUGUAUGAACAUAUUUUAUUUUCUUUCUAAAACGUUAUUAUAAAUUAACAUAUAGAUGUUCAUAUA